AUGGUACAAGCUGUCGCUCUCAGCGUUUUCAUCAAGGUGCAUCUCCGAUUGGGUAGAACAGAGGAAAGAGAGUAUGUUGGCGUGGCAGAGAACGAACAUGAGGUGCAGAAGACGCGUUCCAUUGAGCGGGUUCCUCAAUGUCUACACAACGACACGAAUUUUGUGCAGCUGUAUGGGGGCAGUGAGGUGCUUCCAAUGACAUCCUUGGACACAUGUCUAGCUGAUCUAAGCUUAAAAACCACUCACCUACUAGCGAACUGCCUCACUUCUGGAGAUCUGUGGUUGAAAAUAGUGGAUAGAAAUAAAGGAAGCAUCUAUUACAUGAGCGAAGAAGAAGUGGAAAGGAUUAGUCGGGAUGUGAAUCCAGGCGAAUCUGUAUUGAGAGCUUGGAGCAACCGCGGACAGUCGGUACAUGACUUACUUGUUCGGCUACAAAUCCUUUCGAAGCAAUAUGGAGCUACUAUGGACCAGGCACAGCUGAUUUUGUCAAGGAAAUUCAGACCUGUACGGUGGGCAAAGACGGACGAGAUCGUAGUUAGUAUUGUAGAGGAUAAUUCUAUUGUACGAUUGCAAUGCAAGGCUGUAGGAUUUCCUUGUCCAGUGUAUCACUGGUACAAGAAUGACGAACUUUUGGAAACUGCCACUGGUUAUGUUGUUGACGUGGUCAGGUGCAAAUGCUCAUCAGAUUUCACAUUUCGCUGUGUGGUGACGAAUGAGAUCGAGGACGGUCAUGUAUACUCUGAGUUUUAUCGAAAACCUGGGAAACAGUACUCUUCCCGCAUUGCUUCUCGAACACUCGUAUUGGGCCCAUUUGUCGGAGAAGAACAACGAUGUGAACAUUGUCGAAACGGGAAUUUGGAAAAUCUACGCGAAAUUAUGGCGAGCAUGAAUAUUUCGUCGGAAGAGAGGGCGCCCAUCCUAGCAGCUUCUACAUCCAACGAUGCUGAAUUAGUUGCUGCGGAUAAAGUUGCGCUGAUUAUUAGUAAUUGUAUGUAUCAUCACCUUCCAAAGCUGGUGACGCCUCACUGUGAUGCAGAAACUUUGGCAACAGCUCUACAGGAUCUCAAGUACAAAACAGUGACGCUAGCUGAUCUGACAUUAGCAGAGAUGAAAUUUUUUGUUAAGGAGUACAAAAAGCUCCUCGGCAGUGGCGUUUACGCUGUCUUCUAUUUCGUUGGUCAUGGAUUUGAAGUAAAUGGACAAUGCUACCUUCUGCCAGUAGAGGCACCAUCUGAGGCUCACAAGCCCGAGCACUGUCUUUCUAUGGAUUUUGUUCUACACGAGUUGAGCAAUUACAAUCCUGCCUUGAAUCUCCUCUUGCUUGAUGUGUGCAGGAAAUUCAUUCCUUUUGAAUUCAUUUCUGCUUUCGUGGAGUAUGCGGAACCGUUCAAAAUUAAGCACAGGCCGAACAGGAACACAGUUUAUGGAUAUUCGACGAGCGGUGGAGUGGGAGCCUAUGAGAUAAAGGGCGAAAUGAACGGAGUUUUCAUGAAGUAUCUCAAGACCCAUUUACGUCAACCAGUUUCUGUCAUCCAAAUGAUUAAUGACACCUUGCGAGAUAUCGAGGAAGACGAAAAGGUAUGCGAUGUCCAAGUACCUGAAUUGCGGUCCACAUUGACGAGAUCUCGGUCGCUCAUUGAUCCGUUAGUCUGGGACGGUCAUACUGUUUCUUUCGAUCAUCAUACUAUUCAUUGGCGGCUUAUGCAUGAGUUACCAAACCCUGUUCAUGUACGUUUUGAUGAUUUAGCUCUUACUGUUACGAUAUGGUUCGAUUUCUGUGGACAUUUUACAAACAAGGUUUACGUAUUUUCUUCUGUUGGUGACCUCGUGGAUGAUGCAACGGAGGAGUUUGAAGAGAAACGACUUUCAGAAAAAGCCUUAUCACACAUUGCUUACUUGUCUUUCUCUCCGGACUUGGAUGCGUCAAAAGAAAGACUAGUUUCUGAUGACGAUGAAGGUGUUUCACUGUGUCUUCUACUUUCUCAUCUGCAGCGCUCAAAGGGAGAACUCAGAUGCACAAUACUUUUAAAAUCUAGUAUUGAUCAUAACGUUGUCGCUACGCGUGAAGUGGUGCUAGGUCAUGUUCUCAUCACAAGGAUAGAAAUGCUCAAGUGA